AGCAGAGCAAGAAAAGAAGAAAAUGAAGCUCUUAAGUUCUUCAUCUUCUUCUUCUUCCUCUGCACAUUCUUCUUCUACAUUGAUUUUCAUUCUAGUUUUGGCACCUUUGUUUAUACUCUCACUAAUUAUAUGCUUAUUUGGUGGUUCUGGAAGCAGAUCAUUUUCAAACGCCUUCUCAGUUCCUCCUAUCUACAGUCCUUAUUCAUGGCCAAUUCCCAAGCAUCCAAUAAGCAUCACAGCACCUCCACAUGAGGAAGAUGGACUAAUUGCGAAGAAAUUUAGCAAAUUAGAGAAGGUAGAACAUGAUCUAGCAAAAGCUCGCUCUUCGAUUAGAGAAGCAAUUUCAAAUGUGGAGAAGCAGACGCCUCUUCAUGAAGAUCCAGAUCAUUUUAUUCCCCAAGGCAACAUUUAUAAUAAUGCUCAAGCAUUUCACAGGAGUUACUUAGAAAUGGAGAAGACAUUCAAGAUCUUUGUGUACAAUGAAGGCGAACCACCGCUAUUUCAUGAUGGUCCGUGCAAAAGUAUAUACUCAACAGAAGGGAGGUUUAUUCACCAAAUGGAGCAAGAAACAAGGUUUCGCACCUAUAAUCCAGAUGAAGCUCAUGUUUAUUUCCUACCAUUCAGUGUUGUGAAAAUGGUUUCAUACUUAUACAUUCCUGAAACACACGAUAGUCGAGGCAUUAAACGAGCUGCACUCGACUAUGUUAAUAUCCUGGCACAAAAAUAUCCUUACUGGAAUAGAAGUCUUGGAGCUGACCAUUUCAUGCUCUCAUGCCAUGAUUGGGGACCGGAGGUAUCAUUUCACAUUCCGAAUCUACACAACAACUCCAUCAGGGUGUUAUGCAAUGCUAACACCUCUGAAGGAUUUAACCCGUCAAGGGAUGUAUCAUUUCCUGAAAUCUAUCUUAGAUCAGAUAACAUUACAAGCUUCAUCGGCGGUCCACCGCCUUCUCAGCGUAAAUUACUAGCAUUCUACGCUGGUGGGAUUCAUGGUUACGUUCGUUCAGUAUUCGUAAACUACUGGAAAGACAAAGGAGACGAAGAUAUCAAAGUUUAUACUUCUCUCCCGAAAAAAUUAUCCUACCUCGGCAUGAUGAAGAAGAGCAAAUACUGCAUUUGUCCAAGUGGUUACGAAGUUGCAAGCCCUAGGGUCGUCGAAGCUAUUUACGCAGAAUGUGUUCCUGUUCUCAUUUCAGACCAUUACGUUCCGCCGUUCAGCGAUGUUCUAAAGUGGGACGCAUUUUCAAUUCAAGUUCCACUCAGUGAAGUCCCAAAUUUGAAGAAAAUCUUAACGGCAAUACCAGAAGAUAGAUACAUAAAGCUGCAGAGAAGCGUAAAACAAGUUCAAAGACAUUUCAUUGCAAACAAUGGCGCACCUAAGCGGUACGACGUGUUCCAUAUGACCUUGCAUUCUAUUUGGCUCCGCAGACUAAAUAUCCGAGUUCAUGAUUAGCUCAAUUGUAUAAACACCUAAACAUGUUCAAUUAAAAUGCCCGAAAAAAGGGUUAUUUUCAAUUCAAGUUCCUCUAACUGUGUUAUAGCUUACUUUUAUGUUUGAGAUCAAAUGCAGACAUCCAUUGUUUUCC